AUGUUGCGGGUUCUGAUAGUGGAACAUGCUUCCAUUGGAGGAUUCAUGACGCACUAUGGAUGGAAUUCGACGCUAGAAGGAAUAGUUCCCGGGAAGGCGAUGGUGACAUGGCCAGUGGCGUUGGUACAGUUCUACAACGAGAAAGGGAAGAAAGGGAAAGGGAUGAGAAGAAAGGCUAAGGAGCUUGGGAAAAUGGCAAAGACGGCUGUUGAGGAAGGUGGAUAUUCGCAUUUCAGUUUAAAUGAUCUUAUUGAUGAACUAAAGCGGCAGCCAUGGCUAUGA